AUGGCGAAGACCCCCAAGUCCGGCCGCAAGGGCGCGCGCGCCUCGGGCUCUGGCCCCGUCUCCAAGUCGGCCAAGGCCGGCCUGCAGUUCCCCGUGGCCCGCGUCGCCCGCUACCUCAAGCGCGGCAAGUACGCCGACCGCCUCGGUGGCGGCGCCCCGGUCUACCUGGCCGCGGUCCUGGAGUACCUCUGCGCUGAGGUGCUGGAGCUGGCCGGCAACGCCGCCCGCGACAACAAGAAGACGCGCAUCAUCCCGCGCCACAUCCAGCUGGCCGUCCGCAACGACGAGGAGCUCUCGAAGCUGCUCGCGGGCGUGACCAUCGCCGCCGGUGGUGUGCUGCCCAACAUCCACUCGGUGCUGCUGCCCAAGAAGACGGCCGGCGGCAAGGAGGCCUCGCAGGACGUCUAA